AUGAAUCGUGUAACUAUUAGUAAUGAGACUAUCUCAUAUAAACAUUAUCCCAAUGAUAAUUUGAAGAUCGCGAUUUUAGCACAUCCAUAUGAAUAUUUAGGUGGAUCCGUUGAUGAUGCUUGUAUCGUCCUUAUGGCUGAAAACCUUCAAAAAAAAGGCUACAGUGUUUACGUUUUAGAUUUCGCCAGCCUACCUUCCAUCUGGUUUAGUGGUAGAAGAGACGCGAAGAUUUUCUCUAUAUUUACACAUCACCUUGUUGAGAUUCAUUCACCAAGCCAUCUCCUUAUCGGCGGAUACUCUUAUGGCGGAAGAAUUGCGAUGCAUCCUUCGAUCUGGGAAAAACUGGAUUUUAAUUGUAUUAACAUAAGCUUUAUAUUCUUAGCUCCCUACCUUGGCCUAGGGAGCGGCCUUUUGACGGGUUAUUGGAAUGUAAAAGUAGAUAAAAUUCCUCAGAAAGCAUCGAUCCUUUACAUUGUUCCAACGAAUGAUAAUUUUACCGGUUUAAAUACUUUUCACUCGUUUUAUUCUAAAUUGAAAAAUCAUUGCUCAAAGUCAAAGAUGAUCGAAUUGCAUGACUGCCCUCAUUUCUUGGAUUUACAGAAACAAAAAGAGCUUUCUACGGCUCUUGACGAAUGGAUCAAAUAA